AUGAUAGCUAAAAGAGACAUUAUUAACUAUUUUAUCUUGUAUUCUAUUUUUAAUGUGGUAUCAGUUAAUACAAUUUCUUUAAGCACAUUGAAGCCACAUCCUGACGAGGUUACUGAAUUACCUGGCCUUACCGCGACGCUCAAUUUCAAGCACUACUCAGGUUACUUAAAUGGUCUGCCAAAUCAUCGGUUGCAUUAUUGGUUUUUUGAAUCGGCUAAUAAUCCGGCUACCGAUCCAUUAUUACUAUGGCUGAAUGGUGGUCCAGGCUGUAGUUCGCUAGAUGGAUUAUUCGCUGAGCAUGGCCCAUUUUUCGUUAAACCUGAUCUUUCGCUGGGUCUACGUCAAAAAUCAUGGAAUCAUUUCGCUAACAUUAUUUACCUAGAAUCGCCGGUAGGUGUUGGCUUCUCAUAUAGUCGAAAUGAUAAUAUUUCAGAAUCAUUGAAUGAUAACGUAGUAGCCAACGAAAAUUAUGCAGCUAUCAAGUCAUUUUUUAAUAAAUUUCCUAGUUAUCGUCGGCAUCCUUUCUACAUUGCAGGUGAAAGCUACGCAGGAGUUUAUUUGCCAACAUUAGCUUUACGCUUGAAGAAUGAUUUGUCAAUCAAUUUGAAAGGUUUAGUUAUUGGCAAUGGUCUCCAUGAUAUGAAUUCGAACUUCAAUUCCAUUUUGUACUAUGCACGUUAUCAUGGACUAUUGGAUCAUACUCUAUGGUUGCAAUUACAACGAACCUGCUGUCAGAAUGGUCAAAUAGCGGAUAAUCAAUGCCAUUUCUUUCAGUCACAUCAAAGCGAUUGCUUGAAAUAUACAAAACGAGCUUACAAUAUCAUUUUUACACAAGGCCUGAAUAUGUACGAUGUCUCUCGCGACUGUCAAAAUUCAAGCUCGAUGAACAUUCGACAACAUGCCAAUAUUUUGACUCUUGCUCGAAAGCAAAUUAGUUAUGCUGUACCACCGUGUAUGGAUAAUAGUUUAAUUGCGGCCUAUUUAAAUCUGGCGCGUGUACAGAAGGCAAUCCAUACUCCAAUUGGGCAAGCUAUCCAAUGGACUGUGUGUAAUUUAACAAUAAGAACCAAUUAUGAUUCUAUUUACCCAUCUCCAAUCCUGUUGUAUAAGCAGUUGUUACCUAAAUAUAAGGUACUUAUUUAUAAUGGUGAUGAAGAUAUGAUAUGUAAUUUUCUCGGAGCUCAGUGGGCAAUUCAACUUUUAAACAUGCCCUUAUCCGGAGAAUAUCAGCCGUGGCGAAUUCGAAAAGAGAAUGGACUACAAAUAGCAGGUUUUACUGCUCAAUAUGAUAGGAAUUUAUACUUUGUGACUGUUAAAGGAGCCGGCCAUAUGGUACCAGAAUCGCAACCUCAUGCGGCUUACAUAAUGAUGAAAAAUUAUCUGGAUGGAAAAAACCCUAAGGAUUGGCACUAA